CUUCAGUAGUUGCGUCACUUCCGUAAACAAAGUAGCGUCCCCACAAAAGACGCUGCAACACUAGUAGGCUCAAAGGUCGGGGUUUUGUUUUCCUUCCAGAUCAUUCUAGCACCUUCGCCGUGUUUUUCCCUCCCACGUUCGAAACGGUUAGGUGUAUUUGUGCCUCAGCAACCGUCUUGACAAGAGAGGUGGUUUUGACUCGCCCACAUCUUAAGUGUUCAUCAAGGUAACCAAUCACAGAUUCCAUGAUGCCCAACAACAACCAAUCGGAUGAGAGCAAGAACUCAUCCAAGGAUGUGGACAUGCCGCCUAUUGGAGAUGGCCCUGAGUCCCCAGAGUCUAGUGAAAGUGACGAGCUGGCGUCUUCAUCCGAGGGAGAACUGUUUGGGAAGCGUCGCCGCAUGGGCAUCCCUGUCAGCAGCCCCUUCAAAACUCCCCCGGGAAGCCCCUUCAAGAUGCCCAUGACCAUCCCUUCUCCCUCCCCUCCCCAGUGGAUCUCCCUGGAGGAACUGAUGACUGUGUCCAACGGGGUGACUAACAUGGCGCUGGCUCAUGAGAUCGCUGUUGACAAUGACUUCCGACUACAGAAGUACAUGCCACCUGAGAACAGCGUUGAGAAGCAAGUGAAGGAGACGGUGCACAGGGCAUUCUGGGAUGCCUUGCGAGACGAGCUAGCAGAAGAACCGCAAACUUUUCAGCACGCCAUCAACUUGUUGGGAGAGGUGAAGGAGAUGCUUGUGUCCCUCCUGCUGCCCCAACAUUCCCGGCUGCGUGCCCAGAUCAACGAAGUCCUUGACCUUGACCUGAUUGCACAAGAGGCGGAGCACGGCGCCUUAGAUGUGAAUCGCUGCGCCCGGUUCGUGAUCGACACCAUGGGUCGGCUUUGUGCCCCGGUCCGUGACAAGGACAUCGAAACUUUACGUGAAGUUGAUGGAGCAGUCAACAUGUUUAAGGAGAUUUUCCGUGUUCUGGAGCUGAUGAAAAUGGACAUGGCCAACUUUACCAUCCAGUCGAUGCGCCCGACCAUCCAGCAGCACAGCGUGGAGUACGAGCGCAAAAAGUUUCAGGAGUUCAUCGACAAACAGCCGAAUGCCCUUGAAGUCACCAAGACAUGGCUGUACCAGGCUGCCGAGGAGGCAAAGGCUUCACAUCUCCCCUCAGGACCAGCUGAAGGGGCAGCAGCAGCAGCAAAGGUCACCCCCAUGGAUGUGUUGGGACAUGCCUACAUCAUGCUGCUCAAGUGGGAAGAGAGCAAACCAUUUCCUGAGACUGUUCUAAUGGACCAGGGGCGACUGGCAGAGAUAGGAGUGAAAUGCCGACAGAUCACCCUCAUCGCUUCCAUCCUGCUCAUCACGCACAACGUCGUCGGGGCUGCCCUAGCUGGACUGCAGGAGUUCGGCGAGAAGCUGAAAGGCACCCUGGGAGUUCUGCUAGGGGAUAUGCAGGAAAGUUCCUUUAAUGUUGAGGAGGCACUCAAGAACAUCUCGGAGCAGGUGUGUAAGGAGGUGGAUGAGUGUCUUGAGACUCAUGGAUUUCCUCGACUGGACGAGAAGAGACUGGACAUCCUGAAGGUCCAGGUGAAGGGUGCGGCCAACCCUGACAACACCAUCCACAACCUCAUCACAUCCCGAGUCUAUGGAUUCAUCCAGUCCGUGAUCACAGCGCCAAAUCCCGCCACUCAGGCCAAGGUGCCGGGCGGACUAACCGCGGUGAAGAUAGAGCUUUUCGAAGCCACAGCGCGAGUCCUGCGAAUCGUCCAACACAACAACGCCGUGUUCGGUCCGUACUACGCUGACAUCAUCAGCGAGCUCCUCCCAGCAGCCAAUGAGCUGUCAGAUUAGUCACUGUCUGUGCAUGAGUGUAUCAUGUGAUGUUCAUGUGAUCGUCAUAUGAUAUUCACAUGAUCUGGUUGACCAAUCAUAUUCAGCUAGUGGCAAUGACAUCAUCAGCGGGCUCUUCCCAGCAGCCAAUGGGCUGUCAGAUUAGUCACUGUCUGUGCAUGAGUGAAUCAUUGAUAUUCAUGUGAUCAUCAUAUGAUAUUCACAUGAUCUGGCUGACCAAUCGUAUUUCAGCUAGUGGCAAUGAUGUGGUUGUCUACUUUUAGAUGCGGUGGUAUACCAUAGUCUACUUCUAGAUACAUCUAUAUGUAUAUAAGACAUAAGGUGUCCAGUCAGCUUAAUGAAUGCAGGAAUGUAUGUCUUGCAUAAGAUAGAGGGGAAACAGCAUUCUUCAAGCAUACUUAAACUCCUCCUAAAUGUAUUUAAGGGCACCGUUGCUUUUAUUACAAGUUAUGACAAAUGUUUGGUAGAGAGCACAUUUUCUAGACUGGAAUCCGGAAGGAAAAGCAUGGAUAUUUUCUCUAUCAGAAAGAUAUAUCAUUGGUUUGCAAUGGUAGGAAAGUCAUGGUAUGAUACAUGUAUGUCGACGGAGAUCUAUAUUGUCUUUAAACCAUUAAAUAUUUAUGGAUGAUGAUGCCAAUUCUACUGCGGCAUUUGAAGAAGUACCUGUGAGAGUAGACCACUAAAAUUGAUCACCAGAAGGUUGCAAAAUUAAAAAAGUUUCCAAGAGAAUUGACCAUAUUUUUUCCUGAGAAUCUAAUAAACCCCAUCACAUUGAAUUCAGGCUUCGUUCCUGCAAAAAUCGGCCGAUCACUGGUUGACAGAAAACCUAGCACAUGCUUUGUGACAGGGCCUUAGACAAGUGGAAACAUGUUUGGCAAAGCAAAAACUUAGCAACCCCCUUGGAUGUGCUGUUGUCUGGUAAUGUUUUAAUGGUGAGGAUGUGCAACAACUGUCUAGGUCUGUGCUUCAUUCGUAGCUUUGGGAUAAUGACAGCUCAGAGACGGUAUUCGACCAGUUUCCACUUUAUUUGUCCUUCUCAAGAAUGACAGAGAUCGGAACACUCCUGUCUAGGUCUGUGCUUGUUUGUAUCGGACUAGCUACAUUUGUACCUCAGAGUUUCCAGAAAAUCGUUGAUGUCCCCAUACUAAUGGGUCAUAUGUGUUAAAGCUUGGUCUUUGCCUUGUUUGGAUUGUGUAAUGAUGUGGAGAGUAGAGAACAAAAUGUAUUUUCGAUACUACAGUUACUACGGUAUUUGAGACUGGACAAAAAGACUGAUAAAGAAGCAAUAGCUGAAAUGCACACUAAGACGGAAUGCCAUAUUCACAGGCAUUUUACGCACCGCAACCUACUGAGACUGCCUUCUGCCAUGAAGCUUGUGUUUGAUACAGGGAUAGGUAACUAUGAGAAGGUUAAAGACACUGGAAGAUGGA